GUUUAUUUAAACGUUUAUGAUUUACAUCAAAUUAAUGGAUUUGGUUAUUAUGUUGGUCUUGGUGCAUUUCAUACAGGUGUGGAAGUUAAUACAGAGAAUGGUGAAGAUAUAGAAUAUUGUUUUGGUGGUCAUUCGUUUAGUUUUAGUGGAAUGUUUGAAAUCAAACCCAAAACAGCAACUGGUGUAAAGUUUAGAGAAAGUAUAUAUAUGGGAGAAUUUAAAAUGACAUCAAAAGAUUUUCAAGAAUUAGUAGACGCUAUAGCUGAUGAUUUUUCAGGUUUAUCGUAUCAUCCACUAAAAAAAAAUUGUAAUACUUUUUCAGAGGAAUUUAUAAAGAGAUUACUAAAUAAAGAUGUACCGGGAUAUAUUAAUAGAUUAGCUCAUAUAGGCAAUUAUUUUUCAUGUGUACUACCCUCAACAUUUAAU